GAAGCCUGAUCCUAUAAAAAAUGUCCACUCACACUUACAACUUUGGUGCAGGUCCUGCAAAGAUCCCCCAAUCCGUCUUAAAACGUGCUCAGGAAGAACUCUUGAACUAUGACAAUACCGGAAUGUCAGUAAUGGAACUCUCCCAUCGUUCUAAACCAUUCGGCGAAAUCCUCAAUCGCACCAAGUCUAACUUGACUAAACUUAUGAACAUUCCUGACAAUUACGAGAUUCUAUUUAUGCAGGGUGGUGCGACAACCCAGUUUGCUGCUGUGUUCUAUAACCUUAUUGCUGCCAAACAAAAGGAGCUGUCAAAAACCAAAGACAACUCUCCUAUUGUGGUAGACUACAUAGUGACCGGUGCAUGGUCUAGCAAGGCAGCAGAUGAAGCCCAAAGACUUGCAGAGUCUGUCAAGGGAAAUCCAAUUGUCGUCAACCGCGUCGUAGACACCAAGAAAGCCGCUGGUGCCUAUGAUAGAAUCACACCCGAAUCUACCUGGUCACUCACUGACCCCGCAAAAAACCAUGUGGCUUAUGUCUACUACUGCGAUAAUGAAACUGUACACGGUGUUGAGUUCCAAUCGGUUCCCAAGGUCAACCCUUCAGUACCUUUGGUAACUGAUGUAUCGAGCAAUUUCCUGUCGCGCCCUAUCGAUGUAAACAAAUACGGUUUGAUUUAUGGUGGUGCUCAAAAGAAUCUCGGCCCUGCUGGUGUUUCAUUGGUUAUUGUCCGUAAAGAUCUGAUUGUCGAUCUUUCGGUUGGACCACUUCGUCCUCUGAUGCUCGAUUUCGACACCUUGGCCAAGAAUGAAUCAAUGUACAACACACCACCAACGUUUGCCAUCUAUAUGGUCGGAUUGAUGCUCGAGUGGCUUUUGGAACACGGUGGCUUGACUGAGAUCGCAAAGAAAAACGAGAAAAAGGCAAACAAGCUCUAUGAUGCUCUUGACAGCAGUAAAUUAUUUUCGGCUCCUGUUCAAAAGGAAGCAAGAAGCAAGAUGAACGUGGUGUUCAAGCUGCCAAAGGAACUCGAGGCUGAGUUUUUCAAGGGAGCAGAAGAAAGAAGAAUGGUCCAAUUGAAGGGACAUCGUUCAGUGGGUGGUGCCCGUGCUUCGAUCUACAAUGCCAUGCCCGAGGAGGAAGUCGACGUAUUGGUUGCUUAUUUGGAGCAGUUUGAAAAAGAACAUCCCACAAUUUAAUGAUUAUUUUCUAUCGUCUAAAAAUAUUAAAAUUAAGAAUACCCUGUGUAAUCCGUUGAGACCCGUGCUGUGGCAAAAAAAGACAAAAAAAAAUUGAGUACAACUAU